CCCCACAGUUUUCUCCAUUCCCCAAAUCGAAAUCGAAAUCGAAUCGAGGAACAGAACGAACUGCGAAAUCCUCCUCCUUUCUUUGAUUCGCUCGCUAAUCCCGCCGCCGCCGCUAAUCCAUCCAUUUCAGUGAGCAGACCCAACUCCGGCGAGCUCCGGCGUGGUUGCUCGCUAGCUAGGGUUAGGGUUUCCGAGCGCAGAUUGGUCCGCCGCCGAUCCGUUCCGAUCAACCGCCGAUUCGAUCGAUUUGAUAUCAAAUUUCCAGCACAGACCUACAAAUCCUCCCUGCCUGCCUGCGGAGGGCGAUGGAUCCCAGCCAGAUGAUGCCGCGGAGCUUCCCCAUGUGGCCGCCGCCGCCCCCGCCGGCGGCCUCCGACGCCAUGCCGCCGCCGCCGCUGCCGCAGCCCUUCCUCGCGCCGCCCCCUCCCCAGCCCCAGCCCCAGCCCCAGCCCAACCGGGGCUGGAAGCGCAAGAACAACCCCAACAACAACCUCGCCGGCGGCGGCGCCUACCAGCCCCCCGCCAUCGGCGACCUGCAGGUGCAGAAUCGCGCCAAGGCCCGCCGCUGGUUCAACAACAACAACAACAGCAGCAACCCCGGCGGCGGCAACAACCCCAACUCCGGCCGCAAGUACUUCUUCCCCAAGUCCAACAAGGCGGCGGGCAGCAAGGCCAAGGCGCCGCGCAACACCACCUCCUUCAUCAUCCGGGCCAAGCGAGCGGGGGGCAUCGCCUCGCUCGUCUCCCCCUGCCCCGUCACCCCCGCCGUGCUCCCCACCCCGCGCAUCUCCCCCUCCCGCGAGGGCCUCUCCGACAUGGCGCAGCAGCAGUGGGGCGUCGACGGAUACGGCUCCAUGAAGGGCCUCAUACGCCUCCGCGCCUCCUCCCCACGCCACCCAGGGGAAGGGGAUGCCGAGGGCGACGACGACUCGAGCAGCGGCAGCGACGUCGAGGAGCACGUCGAGGUCGAGCGCCGCCUCGACCACGACCUCAGCCGCUUCGAGAUGGUCUAUCCCGGCGGGAUGGGCAACGGCGGCUACGUCUUUGAGGACCUCGACGACGAGUAUGACCAGGACGUGCACGUGGCCAGGCUCGAGGAGGAGAACCUCACCCUCAAGGAGAGGCUCUUCCUCAUGGAGCAGGAGGUUGGCGACAUGAGGCGCCGCCUCGAGGCCAUCGAGGCGCGCUUUGCUGGGGCGGACGGUGCUGCUGCUGGCAGCGCCGACAAUGCUGCUCUUGUCCUCCAGCAGAGGGGUAAUGCUGAUGCUGAGAAUGCUGUUGUGGAGAAUGGCGUUGAUGCCGCGGCUGUUGCAGGCGACAUUGUAAUUCAGUCUCUGGAAGAUGCUAAUGCUAAUGCUGCUGGUGCUGAAAAUGCUAAUGUAAUUGAGGAGGAGAAGGUUGAUGCUGCCUCUGCUUCUGAUGACACUGUUGAGGAUGCUCUGAAGAAUGACACUGAGAUGGAUGUUGCUGCCUCUGCUUCAGCUAAAGCAGUUGCGGAUCCUCUGAAGAAUGACACUGAGAUGGAUGUUGCUGCCUCUGCUUCAGCUAAAGCAGUUGCGGAUCCUCUGAAGAAUGACACUGAGAUGGAUGUUGCUGCCUCUGCUUCCGCUAACGCGGUUGAGGAUGCUCUGAAGAAUGACACUGAGAUGGGCGAUGCCACAGCUGAUGCUGGCAACUUGGUUGAGGAGGCUGUGAUAAAUGUCAAGGAGGUGGAUACUAUUGUCCCUGGUGCCAAUAAUGCAGCCGAGGAGUCUCUAGGUAAGGAUGACAUGAACAGGGGUGAUGUAGAGCAGGAGAGGGGUGCUGUUGCAGGUUCAGAGAAGAAUGCAGAGAUGGCUGAUACUGGUAAUGGUAAGGACAAAGGUGAAGAUGGCAAGCAGGCCUGAAUCUUUGUCUAGACAAUGGUGAAUCAAGCAAGCAGGCCUCUGACUCUGAUGAUGAGGCCUGGAGAUGGAAGACGGACACAAGGCUUUCCCUGGUUGUUUGUUACUGUACAUACUUGCAGAUGAAGCCAUGCGGCGUGUUUUGGUUUUGUGAGACCGAAACGUUGCAUGACGGAGGCGGUCGUUUGUCGGAGGCGACCGUGUUAUAUGCUUGUUUCCUGGAGACAGGACAGGAAACCGGUUUGUGGUGUUGCCAUUUUGAGUUCUAUAUAUUUGGAACCUGUAGUGUUUUAGCUAGCUAUUAAGCUGGUGCUCAAGGUGGUAGAUACUCCUAUGAAUUUGUUGUUAUUGUUAAGAUGUUACUGAGAUGAUGACUCUGUUAUUGCUGUAUCCAUCCAUACCCUGUUGUCAUGUUUCUUAA